GGAGCACCAUAAGCUCUAUGCCCCUCCAUACACUAUAACCUUAUUCUGUUAAUUGCUUCCUCUCUAAGGCUCUGUCUGAGUCUGACUUGCUUAGUUUCAUUCUCACUUUUACUUCAAAUUUUUCUGAACUUCACCUCUCAAGCCCUACUUCCAAGUUUAUAGUGAUUAAUGGGUACCAAAUUUGAAGCCCGUUUGGUUGCUCUUUUUCUUUGGUUUCUUCUGACACCUGUGGUGUUUUCUGCUGACAAUGACGGGUUGAUCAGAAUUCAACUGAAUAAGAAACAGUUGGAUCAAAGAAUUAGGCUCCAUCAGGAGGGUCCAAGUGGAAAGUAUGGUCUUCGUGGUAACUUUGGGAACUCUGAGGAUGCUGAGAUUGUGGCACUAAAGAAUUACAUGGAUGCUCAGUAUUUUGGUGAGAUUGGGAUUGGCACACCUUCACAGAAGUUUACUGUGAUAUUUGACACUGGAAGUUCUAAUCUAUGGGUACCUUCGUCAAAGUGUUAUUUAUCAAUUGCUUGCUUUCUUCACUCCAAGUACAAAUCUAGUCAAUCAAGUACCUACACAAAGAAUGGGACAUCAGCUGCAAUUCAUUACGGAACUGGGGCAAUUUCAGGUUUUUAUAGUGCGGACCAUGUCAAAGUUGGUGAGCUUGUUGUUCAGAAUCAGGAUUUUAUUGAGGCAACCAAAGAGCCCGGCUUCACAUUCGUGGCCGCUAAGUUUGAUGGAAUACUUGGACUUGGAUUUCAAGAGAUCUCAGUUGGAAAUGCUGUUCCUGUCUGGUAUAGUAUGGUCAAUCAAGGACUUGUAAAAGAUCCAGUCUUUUCAUUUUGGUUGAAUCGCAAUAUCAAAGGGGAAGAAGGGGGCGAGAUAGUAUUUGGUGGGGUGGAUUCUGAUCAUUUUAAGGGGAAUCACACAUAUGUUCCUGUGACUAAAAAAGGCUACUGGCAGUUUGAUAUGGGUGAUGUCCUAGUUGAUGGUGAAACAUCUGGAUUUUGUGCUGAUGGAUGUGCUGCAAUUGCCGACUCAGGAACAUCCCUAUUGGCAGGCCCUACGACUAUUAUAACUCAAAUCAACCAUGCCAUUGGAGCUUCUGGUAUCGUAAGCCAGCAAUGCAAGUCAGUGGUUGCACAAUAUGGAAAAACCAUAUUGGACAUGCUGAUCGCUAAGACACAACCUAAAAAAAUCUGCUCUCAAAUUGGUCUCUGUGCUUUUGAUGGAACUCGAGGCGUUAGCUUUGGAAUUGAAAGUGUGAUCAAUGAGAAAUUGGGAAAGAAACAUGAUGGCAGUCUACAUGAUGCACCAUGUACUGCUUGUGAGAUGGCAGUAGUAUGGAUUCAAAAUCAGCUAAACCAUAAUAAGACCGAAGAGCAGAUCUUGAACUAUGUUAAUGAGCUGUGUGAACGGCUGCCCAGUCCAAAUGGCGAGUCAGCCGUAGAUUGCAGCAGUUUAUCAUCCAUGCCUAGUGUUUCAUUCACUAUCGGUGGUAAAUUAUUUGACCUUGCUCCAGAGCAGUACAUUCUCAAAGUGGGAGAGGGAGCCGCAGCUCAAUGCAUUAGCGGAUUCACUGCUUUAGAUGUGGCUCCUCCUCGUGGACCUCUCUGGAUUUUGGGAGAUGUAUUUAUGGGUCGCUACCACACAGUGUUCGAUUAUGGGAACAUGAGAGUUGGAUUCGCUGAAGCGGCAUAGAAGAAGCUCGCCCAACUCAUUUUACAUUGCAUAAUUUGUUUCUUUGGAAAAAACCAUUAACUGAUAUCUUAGCUUCAUCGUUUAACUAAAGUAAUUGUGCUAUCUAUGGACGUGAAGCCUUUCUCAUCUAUAUCUGUAUAUAAAUCAAGAUGAUGGCUGUAAAGUGGCAACUUAUUUAUAUAUGUGCAUGAAGCAGGGGUUAAACUAUA